UGUGGUUUGGUUUUAAAAGUGGAAAGCUAGCUGUAAAAUCUUUUUUUUUUUUUUUCCAGUAACUGCAGAUUUACUUUAAGGUUCAUGCUCUCCAAGUCUCGUCUGCUUUAAAUUACUUGGAAGCUGUACUUCAAGACAAGAAAAGAAGUGGCUAUUAAAAUCAGGUUAUAAUCAGAUUUUAACCAAGAAUUUAUAAGAUUUCCAGCAUAUUCCUGGACAUGGAGCACAGACGGCUUUACCUGCAUCUCACCCUUCUGAUGACGACAGUUUUUUCUUGGUCUCCUGGAACAAACGCAAACUAUACCCAACUGUGGGCUAACAAUACUACUGUCUGGGAGCGAGAUAUUCAAAAUCAGAUGGGCAGAAACCAAGAUGAAAACAUUAACACAAACCCUACAACUUCUGCAGUAGAUAAAAGCGGUAACUCUGUAAACAGGACUGAAAUAACAUCAUCUCUGGUCACAUCUCUAACUCCUAAAUCGGAACUGGAGCUUUAUAUACCUUCUGUUAUCAGGAACAGUUCUCCAACAGUACAGAGCACAGAAAACACAACCAAAGAUCACCAUGAAAUUUUCAAAAAAGAGGUCUGUGAGGAAAACAACAACAAAAUGGCUAUGCUAAUUUGCUUUGUUAUAAUUGCAGUGCUUUUUCUUAUCUGCACCCUUCUAUUUCUAUCAACUGUAGUUCUGGCAAACAAAGUCUCAUCUCUCAGACGAUCAAAACAAGUAGGCAAGCGUCAGCCUAGAAGCAACGGUGAUUUCCUGGCAAGCAGUGGUCUCUGGCCUGCUGAAUCAGACACUUGGAAAAGAGCGCACCAGCUCACAGGGCCCAACCUAAUGAUGCAAUCUUCUGGAACACUUAUAGCUACAAGGGGAAGAAAAGAUGAAGGAGGAACUGAAAAACUCACUAACUAACAGGCACUUCAGUAAAGAAAAAUGCAAAGUAGCAAUGAGGAAACUGUAUGAAGUAAAAAUGAAAUCAGUUUGAUAUUUUAUGCUAACAUGUUGGUCUGGUCUGGUGGUCUAAAAUUUGUUGACAUGGCAGCCUUGCAAUUUAAAAGCAAGCAGGUGAGAAGGGGAGAAGUCUGCCCACCCUCUCAAUUACUUAAAACUGUGCACUUUUGUUCUGACACUGAAUAUUUUAAAAAGCAGAUAACAAAAUCCAAGAAUGUGGGGCAGGUUUUAAAGAUGACUUGAAGGAAUUAAUGGAGGCAGAAAGGGACAAUUAAAUAAAUAAUUUCCUGUUCAGCAACAGUAGUUACAUGAUCUUCAUCUGAACAUAAUUAAACUUUGAAGAGUUUUAGUGUGUCUUCAGAGGCAAAUCUACGCUUUGACAUCUAACAGAAGCCAAAUUCCUAAUGCGGAGAGUUGAACUGCAGUUUAACGAUACCUCUGCUGCAUGUGACAAGAUCUGUACCAUCUCAUAUACCAGCACAGCUAAUUUUAUGCUAGAUGUUUUCAUCUUUAUGUAUGGCACACAGAAAAAGGUGGUUUUCUACUAUAAAUAUUUAAUUAAAACUUUUAAUUUUGUAUAAUAAAUUAAGACUCCUUAGAAUAAAACUGACUACAUAUAUUUGUACUCAUUUUAUUAUCUUAGGGAACACACUGUAAAGAUCAAUCAGAAAAAGAGCUUAACUGAAACAGGUGAGACUAGCCACCACAGAAGGCCAAGAGUAAAUGUAAAGCACAUCUUACUACUGUUUAAAUGCAAUGUACCUCUAUUCUAUAAAUACUGCUUAUUAGAAUAUUUAUAGCAAAUAUCCAAAGAGGGAUUAUCUUCUGACUUCAAGGAUGCCAAAUGGCCUAAUAAACUAUCAGUUUUGUUCAUUUUCUUUUACUAUCUAAUGUGACAUGAUCAAAGGAAAGAUGUGUGUAUGUUUGCUCUAAUCUGGAAAACAGGAUACUUCAGGUAAUUGUUUAACCUUUCAAGAAACUGGGUUCAGUAAAAUAAUGACUUACACUUAAGACUUCCACCUUCAGUUAAAUAUAUUACAAAAGUUGGUUUGAGAGACAUUUCAACUUCUAAAACUGAUCCAGGGCAUUCUAAUUAAAGACCAAGCUACAUUUAAAGAUUUUCAUUCCUUAUUGAGCAUUUACUGUGGGCAAUAUGCUAGCCAUUUAAGAAAAGAUUUCAUAUAUUUUUUUCCAAAUAUGAUCACAAUCUUACCCUCCAUUCUAGGUUAGUGAUUCCCAUCCUGGUUGUGUAUCAGAACCAUCUGAAGAGUUUUUGAAACUAGCCAAUAUCUAAUUAGCACCCUCUCUUUCUGAUUCAGCUAGAAAGGGGUAACCUCCAAGCUCUGGUAGUUUUUGCAUUAAUUCCCUAGGUGAUACUGCUCUUGAUCAUGAAAAUCACUUCUUACAGGUACCAUGGCUUCAAAGACUAGGUUACAUCUUAAAAUGAGAGGGAAAAAAAAAGCAUCAAUUUUAUGAUUAUUACCAAUUUGUUAGAAAAACUAUAAUCAUAUUAUUCCAGAUAAAGCUAAAUGCCAAAAAAUAAAAAGGUAAGCAAGAGAAUUCUCAUGCCAGUCACGUUAUGACAGACCUCGUUAUCUUUUGAGGGGUAAAAGCGACCAAACUGGCAAUGAAACUGGGCAGAGCUCCCAUCUUGUACAAAUUAAAAAUUUGAGGGCAACCCGGGUGGCUCAGCAGUUUAAUGCUGCCUGCAGCCCAGGGCGUGAUCCUGGAGACCCGGGAUCGAGUCCCACGUCAGGCUUCCUGCAU